UUGAACGAAUCGUUCCCGAACGACACACCACUAGCGAGGGAGCGCGCGCGCCCCUGCGUUCCCAGAAACAAGAUGCCUUCCGCGCGUUCCCGCUGGUCUGUCUGUACAGCUGCCGUUGGGAUGCCGCCAGAGGACGGACGCUGCACCGUGUAGGAGGAGGAGGAGGAGCCAGCGGCGUGUUUCCGCUACACCAGGCCGAGAGAGGGAGAGGUAACACGGGUAAUCUGCCGCUGCCGCCGUGCUAGAGAAAUACUGAAUAGUGGAGGGAACAGUUUGUCAGCUACACCGUGUGAGGACACGUCGUUUAAUCAGCUGUCCGUGAAGAAGAAAGAGGAGGAAGAAGAAGAAGAAGAAGGAGUGGCAGCUGGACUGUCAGCAAUGGAAGCCGAGUUUCGGGAAAUCGAUGAAAACGGGAGUUGGAGCGCCAUUUAUCAGGAGAUUCGUCAGCAGUCAUGUGAACUCCCGUGCAAGGUUGCCAAAUUACCAGAAAACAAGAAUCGGAAUCGAUACAGAGAUGUUAGCCCGUUUGACCACAGCAGAAUAUGUCUGCAGCUGGGCACAAAUGACUACAUUAAUUCCAGCCUAAUAACAGUAGAAGAGGCACAGAGGAACUAUAUUCUCACUCAGGGACCCCUUCCAAAUACAUGUGGCCACUUCUGGGAGAUGGUGUGGGAGCAGAGGACUCGUGGUGUAGUGAUGCUGAACCGAGUCAUAGAGAAAGGAUCUGUUAAAUGUGCCCAGUAUUGGCCUCACAGAGAGGAGAGAGAUGCUGUCUUUGAAGAUACAAAUUUCAGGCUUACCCUCGUCUCAGAAGACAUCAAAUCUUACUACACAGUCCGUCAGCUGGAGUUGGAAAAUCUGUCUACUCAAGAGACUCGUGAGAUUUUACAUUUUCACUACACCACCUGGCCCGACUUUGGAGUACCGGAGUCUCCUGCCUCUUUUCUUAACUUCCUGUUUAAGGUGCGAGAGUCGGGUUGUCUGAAUUCAGACCAGGGACCAGUGGUGGUGCACUGCAGCGCCGGCAUCGGACGCUCUGGGACAUUUUGUCUCGUGGACACCUGCCUCUUAUUGAUGUCCAUGCGUAAAGACCCGUCUUCAGUGCGGAUUCGUGACGUGCUGCUGGAGAUGAGACGCUAUCGGAUGGGCUUGAUUCAGACAGCAGAUCAGCUUCGCUUCUCCUAUCUUGCUGUCAUCGAAGGUGCCAAGUACAUCAAGGGAGAUACGUCUCUGCAGGAGUCGUGGAAGGAGCUCUCGAAUGAAGAAGACGAUCCGCCAGAGUUCACCCCUCCUCCUCCUCUUCCUCCUCCCAGAGACCCGUACAAUGACAAAGUUGAGCCAUCCUUUUUCCCAGAAAAAGAUGAGAUCAUCCAACCGAUGGAUAUCCGCAGUCUGGGGUCCUCACAAGAACCCGAGCUGCGAAAGAGGAACAUUGAGAACCCGCAGCCUCCUCCUGAUGGUGCCGAUCAGCCUGACGGCUACACAGAAAUUCAAGAUCAUACCUCUAGAGCUCCAACCAAAUCCCAGCAGCAGCAGCAGCACGAGGCGGUGGAGGAGCAGGAGCUGCCCAAGGCGGCGGAGCAGCCAAAUGAAAGCUCUCCUGUGCCGGGGACUUGGUCCCCUCUACUAACCAACGUGUGCCUGUGCACGGCGCUGGCUCUCAGUGCUUACGUCUGUUAUCGAGCCUAUUUCCACUGAUGUCUGUCCUCCCUCUUCCUUCCUCCUCCUCCUACACCUCUUUUCGUUCCUCCAUGUCUCUCCACUGAUGUUGGAAAGUGGACGCCUGCUUUGACUCUGCGAGUGAUUGGAGGAUUUUUUUUUUUUUGGACUUUUGGCAGAUUCAGGUUCACUCGUUUAUUUUACAAAUACAGUGCGAGGGGAUUGGCAGGCUGCCGGUCCUUAUUACUACCCACCCAAACAUUUUUUGUUUAAAAAAAAAAAAAAUCAUCUUGGACGCUCAGGGCCUCAGUUUUUCAGGUGUCACAUCCCAAAUACACGCAGACUCCGAAAAGGUUUUGUUUUAGCUCGCCCUGUUCUGUGAACCGGGCUGAAAAACAACUUGUUAGCCCAUUUCACGUGUCUCCUCUCUCAUUUAUUAAUCAUGUAUGCGUUUUUUUCAUCUUUUCUCCGCCGUAUCUGUAUCGUCGAGAGCCAGAUUUUGUGACCAGCCUGUCUGAAAAUAUGCCAGUAAAGGGAGACUCUUCUUUUGUUAAAGGUCGAUAUUAAAAAAAACUCAACAGUAAGUAUGUGAAAGUAAGAGGGAAGCAACCCUGUGCCCACCAGAUAAGAGACGCAUGCUGGGGUGGGCAUUGAAUUGUUAUCUGUUCUCGCUAGCGGCCUGCGUGAGGCCGAGUUCAUACAGUAUGUGUGUGUUUUUGCGUGUUUGUGUAUGUACAGUUUGCGCGAGUGGUAGCUAGUGGAGCUUUCUACUGAUGCUUGAGUACUCUGUGAGAAAUACUAAUAUAACAUUUACAUGACGUCAAAUGUGAGAUGUAGACUUUGAGGGUCGCCUCCCAGUCGGUGACUGAUUCCCUCUGCGAUUUCGCUCCCUGGUGGCUCAGAAGUGAAGAGACGAGGUGGCGUGUCUCAUUCUCCGUUCGCCCCGGCAUUCCCAAAUUUAUUUACAAGAACUUGACAUGAUUGUUUUUUUUGUUUUUUUUAUCAGGUUAUAGCGCCUGGAUUUCGCUUGGUUACGUACACGUGGAGGCUCGUGUGACAUAAACCCGAUCCGCGUCGUAAAAAGUAAAGUGUGUUCAGUCAAGCCGAGUUACGCACAAGAAUGCCAGCUCAAACAAGUAGCUAACACCCAACCCUUUCCUCCAGCAAUACAAAUAAUAAUGUGUGUCACCCUUUACUUUAUCAAACUCCCGAGUUUGAUCAGGGGAACCAGGGACUUUGAACAAACCAAAAAUCAAACACCAGCACAGGGAUUAAAAAAACAAAACAAUACACUGUAGUGAUGAUCCGUUGUAUCAUGGCGUGGCCCUGAGCUGGCAAUAUUGUUUUUGUAUAAUUCAGUUUUUUGUUUUUUUAGCAUGCUGCAUUUAUGAAUCAACAGGUUUGUCCUAAGAAGAGAUUAGCUAUGCUGCUAGCAUUCAGUUUACCUUUGUGACUCGAUAAAGUUCAGGAGUCCGACAGCUGUACCUUUCUUUAGAAUGUAUAAACGUCCUCGCCGAGGGCUAGAUAUAUAUAAUUUUUUUCAAAUCAGGUUUCAGUGUGCUGAGUAUUUUUUUUUUGUUUUUUUGAUCUGCUUUAGCAAAGGGAUUAAAAGUCUCAGCACCUGUGCAGCCGUUGCACCGGGUUUUUUUUUUUUUCCUGUUUUUUCUAUACUUAAUGCUGAGCUCGAAAACAUGUAUUUUUUUAUUUACAUUUGUUGUUUUCCUUUUUAAAAAAUAAUUCCAAAAAAACAGAAAAAAAGUCUACUGUUGAUUUGUUCUGGUUUGUAGAACAGAUUUACAUCUAUAACCUCAUUCUCAGUCUUAACUUCUGAACAAUGACUAUGGUAAUAAAAGAGUCACACAUCACCGUU